GAAUCGUUUAGCGGAGAGAGUGAGAGAGGAGCGGCUGCUGCUGCUGCCGCUGCUGGGAAAGGCGUUUCUCACACACCGGGGUUUUCUUAUACAUUUUCUCUUCUGUUUGUUUAUCGAUAUGGAAAAUAAAACGUCCGUGUUUUACCAGAGAUAAUAACAGUUGGAGCUGGAGCAGAAUAACGGGCUGAGCUUCAAUGAACUGACCGUUAGAGCGCCUAUAUAAACCAUAUACCGUCCUCUUUCUAUGGGGAAGGUAGAAUGGAGGACAAAAGCCCACGUGUAGCAGACUACUUUGUGGUGGCGGGCCUGACCGAUUCUUCUAAGCCUUUUGAGGAGGAUGUGACUUCAGAUGAAGGAUGCCAGAGGACCUCUGCUCAACCCAAGGCUCCCAUCACCGAUGUGGCAGUGGUGAUUCGCUCCCAGGGUGAGGAGGUGCCACGGGGAUACACCUGCAUAGAUUGCACUCCCUCGGGCUUGCCCGCCGAGCUGAAUGGGGGCAGCCUCAUGGGCCCUCAGAUAUUCCUCUGUUAUAGACGAGGUCGGGACAAGCCACCUCUCACUGACCUUGGAGUUCUUUAUGAGUGGAGGGAGAAACUGAAGCCAGGCUGUCACAUUAUCCAGACCACACCCUCCGGUCGCCCAGCCAACAUCAGUAGUUCCUCCUCCCAGAGGAUAUACAUUACGUACCGGCGUGCUCAUGAGAGUAAUUCUCAUGCCUCAUUGGCUGUCACAGACAUUUGUGUCAUUAUUCCUGGCAAAGGAGAGACACCACCACAUGCCUUCUGCAAGGUGGACAAGAACCUCAAUAGCAGCAUGUGGGGGUCCUCUGUGUACUUGUGCUACAAAAAGUCUUUGGCCAAAACCAACACUCUUGCAUUCAAAGCAGGUCUCUUGUCCAGGUACCCAGAGGAGGACUAUGAGUCAUUCCCUCUUCCCGAGUCAGUGCCCCUCUUUUGCCUGCCAAUGGGAGCAUCAAUAGAGUGUUGGCCAUCUCACACCAAAUACUCUCUGCCCGUCUUCUCAACAUUUGUACUCACUGGAGCUUCUGGAGAAAAGGUUUAUGGUGCGGCCAUACAGUUUUACGAGUCGUACCCUGAAGAGCGUUUGACGGACAGGCAACGGUCCCAGCUGGGCCUGCACAGCAGUGGCUUGAAGAAUGAUGACUCCAUGACAGUUCAAACCAACAAGAGCAUCUGCCUUCUCUCUCACUGGCCCUUCUUUGAUGCCUUCCGCAGUUUUCUCACCUUCCUCUAUCGCUACUCUAUUUCUGGGCCUCACACACUGCCCAUCGAGAAGCAUAUUUCUCAUUUCAUGCACAAAGUUCCGUUCCCUUCUUCUCAAAGACCACGAAUUCUUGUCCAGCUAUCUCCACAUGAUAGUCUGAUGCUGAGCCAACCGGUGUCCUCUCCACUGCCUCUGAGUGGUGGAAGGCUCUCCACACUGCUGCUGAACCUGGGUCCUAAGAAUGCAGUUUCUCUGUUAGUUCUGGCUGUGACUGAGCACAAGAUUUUGGUGCACUCUCUACGGCCAGCUGUACUGACAAGCGUGACCGAGGCCCUAGUGUCGAUGAUCUUCCCCUUCCACUGGCCAUGUCCAUACAUUCCUCUAUGCCCGCUUGCGCUGGCAGACGUCCUCAGCGCUCCUUGCCCGUUCAUAGUCGGUGUGGACUCGCGCUAUUUUGACCUGUAUGAACCACCGGCAGACAUUAGCUGUGUGGACCUGGACACUAACACCAUCUCUCACAAAGAGGACCGCAGAGCCCUCACAUGGAAGAUUCUGCCAAGGAAAGCCUGCAAGCAUCUGAUCAACACUCUCAGUGAUCUCCACCAGCAACUGCUGGAGAGUUAUCAACUGAGUCGUGAGGAAGGGCAAAUGGAGGCAGCCAUGAGUGAGCGAGAUCUUGGCACUGGUGUAAAGAGUCUUCAGACUUUGGAGCUAGAGAUCCAAGAGGCUUUCCUACGCUUUAUGGCUGCUAUUUUAAAGGGUUACCGUUCCUACUUGCUUCCCAUUACCCAGGCUCCCUCAGAAAAAGCAACUGAUGCUAGCUCUCUCUUUGACCUGCAAGGUUUCUUGAAGAGCCGUGACCGCUCACACCAGAAGUUCUACUCCCUCAUGACCAAGACUCAGAUGUUUAUCCGCUUCAUUGAAGAGUGCUCCUUUGUCAGCGAUAAGGAUGCAAGUCUGGCAUUCUUUGAUGACUGUGUUGAUAAGCUCUUUGGCACAGAAAAAGAAAGAAAGGUGGACAGUGAGAGGCCAGAGGACACCAGGCUCAUUGAACUGGACAAAUCGCAUCGCAGUGAGCACACAGUCUACAUCACACCCCCGGAGCUGCCCCCUGUGCCCGACGGAGAGGAGCCUUCAAUGCUUUAUAGCUAUGGUGGCUUCCCCGUGCUGAAUGCAGAGCUUUGUGAACCACAGGAGUACGCCAGUGUCCCCAAGGCGACCUCUGCCCCCAGACACACCAGCCCCGGCAGCCCUGCUGCCAUCUUUCGUCGUUCCAAACAGGAGAUCAAAUCAGCCCAGCGCACGGCCAAGACCUACUCAUCCAUCCCUCAAAUGUGGUCUAAGUGUCUGCUGCGCCACUGCCAUGGCCUGUGGUUCAUCUGCCUGCCCACUUAUGUGGCCGCUUGCCACUCCAAGGUGCGGGCACUGCGCACCGCCUACGACGUCCUAAGGAAGAUGCAGGACAAAAAGUUGCAGCCCCCUGAUGAGGUUUGUUAUCGGAUCCUUAUGCAGCUCUGCGGGCAGUACGGGCAGCCAGUGUUGGCUGUGAGAGUGCUCUUUGAAAUGAAGAAAGCUGGGGUCCAACCCAACGCAAUAACAUAUGGAUAUUAUAACAGAGCUGUGUUGGAGAGCACAUGGCCUUCCUCCACCAGAGGGGGCUAUUUCCUGUGGGGGAAGUUGCGGAAUGUAGUUCGGGGUGUGGUACAGUUCAAGCAAGUGUGGAAGAGACAGGCUGGUCAACCCAAAGAUACACAUCUCUCAGAUGCCAGUGAUCUCGACAGCGUGAGCCACGGCAGUCUGGACAGCACUAAUGACUCUGCAGAGCGAGCCUCGAUUGAUACCGACUUCACCAAAAUGGACUCCAGCGAUGAUGGAGCCAGCACAGGUGGUCAGUCAGAUCAGGGCUAUGACUCUCUGUCAAAGGAGGAGGUGCGUAUCGGUGCAGGUGAAGAGCAGGAUGCCUCCCCUAACAUGAAGGAGAAAAAAGAGAGAGUCUCUAGCCCACUGUCUGAGACAGAAGCUUCUAGAAAAGAGGACUACUCCCCUGCACUAAGACCAGCCUCCUCCUCAAGUUUACAAGAUUCCCUGUUUGGAGCACUUCCUAAGAGACCUAACUCACUGGACAUCUUUGGAGAGAAGGCCAUUAAGCCCAGUACAUUAGACCUGAGCUCUGGUCUACCAGCAGACAUCUCCAAUCCAACUGCAACUCAGGAGCACAAGCAGAACUCGCCUGAUGCAAAGAUGGAGGAAGAGGAGGAAGAAAUGGACGAGGGAGCCAUGAAAGCUGCUGUGGAGAGAAGCGCCAGUUGCACUGUCACCAUGGAGACAGGCGUUGCCAUGGUGCGCGGGCACAGCGGUGUGGAGCGGAGCGCGAGCUGCAGCGGUGCUCUGGGCCGGGGAGUGGCUCGGACGGGGAUUGAGGCCGGCUUUGACCCGCUGUCCCUGCUGGUGGCAGAGAGCCAAAUAAAAACCGAGGAGUCCGACGAGGCAUCAGGAGUUCCGUCUGCUCGCCGUGACCUGGCCGAAGAAAUCCAGCUCUACAUGGAGCACCUGAGCAGCCCCAUCAGUCAGCGCUCUCUCAGCACAGACCUGCGGGGCCUUCAGAGUCUCCAGAGUCCUUCACCACUGGGUUCCCCACGUCCAGCCGCUCUGCAUGGGUCACCAACUAGCUCUGGAUAUCUGCAGCCACAACCCCGCAGCAGACUGUUCUCAUCUCCUUCACUGCCACAGGGACGUCCAUGCAGGAGCAAGGAGCCACGACCAACCUCUUUGGCCUCUCCCUCUUCCCCCACGCACUCCACCUCCUCCUUCUCCAUGGAUUCCCUGCUUACACCCACGCUGGAUGUCUUUAAAAGCAGCUUUCUGUCUGCAGGAAAGGGUGUUGCUGAAAAAGCCAGCAGACUUUAUUCAAGACUGUCCUCUCAAACAUCCUUAGCGCAGGACCAGAAUUCUGACCGGGUCAGUGUGUCAUCGCUGGGCUCCGGUGACCCUGACUGUUCCUCUCUGUUUGAGGGCGAGCCCAGUCCAGACCCAGAAAGUCUCUCCUCCCCUCAACGAGAUGCCUCCCUCAAUGUCACUCGACCAAGGAGGAGCCCGCGCAGGAACAGCCGCUGUCUGGAAAGCCCCUCUGCACCACCUAGACUUUUUCGCCAGGCCUCCCUGACCAGCUCGUCAUUGGCAGUGGUGAGAGUCCCACAGACCCCUGACAUGUGUCCUGAUGCCAGCCUGGCACAGGCCCAUCAAAAUUAUGCUAUAGAGGUGCGGAUGUCCAACUGUUCACGCUGUAAUACCUGCGAGUGUCUCGUGUAUGAUGAGGAGAUCAUGGCUGGCUGGACCGCUGACGACUCCAACCUAAACAGCACCUGUCCCUUCUGUGGCUCGCCCUUCCUGCCCCUGCUUAAUGUGGACAUCAGAGACCUUACUGGGCAGGGCAGAACAUCUUGUCAGGAUCUGUCUAGUUCCCAGACAGAACUAAAUGAAGCUUUAGAGACCCAAAAGGAGCAAUCACCGAGCAGUGAAUCCACAGGCAGUCCCUCCAGCAAUACUAGUAGAAGCACAGAGCCAGUGACUGUGCCUUACCUUAGUCCUCUGGUGCUAUGGAAGGAGCUGGAGAGUCUGCUAGAGAAUGAAGGGGAUAAGGCCAUUUCAUCAGCAGCCAUCGUUGAUCAUCACCCCAUUGUCUUCUGGAACCUGGUGUGGUUCUUCCGCAGGCUGGAGCUGCCCAGCAACCUGCCUGCCCUCAUCCUAAGCUCCAAGCACUGCAGCUUUGAUGAGCAGCUUCUUCAGAGCAGUGCAUCAGAGGACAGUAAGAAUGUCCUGGUCCAGAUUCUGUGGGACAACCCCAAGCUUCACCAGGACCCUAUUUCACCCUGCUACACUCUUUGGAACACAUAUUCUGCAAACCCAACUUCGUUUGGUCCUUUGCUGGAAGAGGAGCCGGCAGUGAGUUUGGAGGUGCUGCAGAGCGUGGUCAGAAGCAUACAGAAGAAUGAUGUCUAUCAGCCCAUGAGUCAGAUACUGCAGCUACUUGGUACCAGACUGGGUUUCAUCAGACAAAGGAGCUUGUAUAGAGAUCUCCUAUUCUUGUCUCUGGUGGCUUUGGGAAAAAACAGUAUUAAUAUUGAUGCUUUUGAUCGCGAGUACAAGAUGGCGUAUGAUCGUCUGACCCCCAGUCAGGUCAAGAUGACUCAAAACUGCGACCGACCGCCCAGUGCAGGCGUCAUGGAGUGCAGGAGGACGUUCGGGCUGCCGAGUCUGUGAUUUCUCUCGUCUGAUGCCUCUCCCCCUCCUCCCCUCUCCUCCCUUUUCAUCACACAGAGAAGGACACACAGAGUCUGUGACAGGUCAUGUCCAGCCAAAGAAGGAGCAUCUUACUUGCAUGACCUUGAGGAUUCAGUGUUACCAAAGCUACCUCUGGCUCCCAGCAGCCAUGUAGAGACUAAGAGGCAUUUCCAAGCAUUCUGUGGUACAACCGUUGUAUGUGGCCAGUUGCUCCCCAUUCACUGUGGUACUACCUGUGAACACUUGUCUUUUUUUGUUGUUGUUUUUGUUGUUGUUAUUGUUUUUAGCACAAUCUUUACCUCAUAUUCUCCCUUAAACUUCUCCCUCCCCAAUGUGUCACCCAAAGCCCCAAAUCACAUUCAAACUCAAACUUAGCUCCACUCAGGUAAUGCUUAGUUAGUACUGAGAUCAGAGUAGAUUAGGAGCAAUAUCAUUAUCUAGUGCUCAGGUCAUAGCAUCACUCCCAUCAGAUCAGAUUAGAAUGGCUCAUAUGGAGGUUUGGGACCAGUAGCAGAAUACCAGUAAUAUAAAUUCACAAUCAUGUUUGGGGCCAUAAGUAGAGAAGCACAAUGAACAAACCCCAGUAAACCUUCAGAGUUUCCACACAUUCCUCUCCCAGUAUUCCAGGGGCACUUAUAUAUAUAUAUAUAAAUAUAUAUAUAUAUAUAUAUAUAUUAUCACAAAAGAAAAUCACCUUUGUGUACAUAGUCUAUUAUUCUAUUAUUUAGAAUAUUUGUAUUAUAAAAGUAUAUUUUAAGACUUGUAUUUGUUAUAACUGACUUGUCUCCAUUUGUAAAGGAAAUACCAUGUGGUGUGUUUGAGAGCGUGGCGUCUGUGGUCGUGGUCCUGGAGACCAUCGUAGUAUCUGUGAAGUGUACUUUUGAAUAGGUGAGGUACAGAACUGGACCAAAUCAAAUGUUAACUCAUGAACUACGAGACUGUUUACAUGGAGAGCGAAGAAAAAAGAAAUAAUAAUUACGUACAGUGUAAAUGUAAUCGUGUACUACUACUAAUGUAAUCUAAUGUUACGGGAAGAUCUUUUCUACUUUUGAACUGGAAAACCAGAGCAAUGCCUUACGACAGGGCAGAUGAGCUGUGGAACUACAACAUGGAGACCAACUACAGAAAGCAUUUUCAACACCUGCAUUAGAUAUUAGGUAUUGCGACUCUGGAAUGACUCUGAUUGUGGGUUUUUGUUUGUCCACGUCAGCUGAUGCAGAUGUUUUGAAAUUCUUGAUUUUUUGUGCGUUACAUAUGGACAGUUUUGCAUCAUGUUGCAAAGCAUAAUGAAACACUAUGUUCCAUUAUUAUCAGAGUGCACUGCUCUUAAUGGCUUUUUUAUUUCUUUUAAUUUUUAAUAAAAAAAAAAAAAACACAAUCCUGCGCACAACUCAACAUGCACAUUGAUCUAGGCAUCGUUUUAGCUCUGCUUUGGGUCAGUUGAUGCAUUUGACUUAGAUUUAGAUUUUUUUUUAUAACAUAAGUCGUCUGUCUAUAGCAUAUGAUUCCAGUAUUAUUGUUAAUUCCUCUUGUAAUUUUUUUUAUAAUGAUUGUUGUUAUUUUUAAUCUUUUUAUAAAUUGUUUACGGUACUGUAAGGGAUGGUACACUAUCAUGGUACUUGAUGAGAGGAACUACACAGAUGUAAAGAGCACAUGAGCACUUACUGUAAGUCAGUUAAAUGAGGGUAAUGAAAUGUACAGCGACUGCAGCAAAUUCUUUUUUUACAUAGUUUAAUCCAUCAUCCUUCAUUUGCUUGGUAACAUUAAUUGAAGCAACACUGAUUUUGCACCAUUACUGUUAUUUCUAAUCUAGGCUGUUCACUAUUAUAUGCCACAUUUAUGGAUUAUUAUUGAGACUAUAUUGAGUGCAAUGCCCAUUUUGGCCCAACCUAAAAAAAAUUAACAGACAUAGUUUAUCCUGCUUCUCCAAAGAUUUCAAGUUUACCUAGUUGGACCAGAUGCUGUGCAAGACUUUGGAAUUAGAUGCCCUGACACUGCCAUUUGAUGUUUUGGCUGUUUUCUAUUUCCUUUACACUAAAUCUUGCUGCAGCAGAAAAAAAAUUGCUUUUUAAGUUACAAGCUAAUUAAAUCAGUUAACUGUUGAAUACUGGUAAGUCUAAAUAUUUGACAUUUUAAAUAUUGUAGUAUAAAACGUGAUGUACGAACUGAUUUUUGUAUGCUAAGUACUGUUACAGGCCGAUACGUUUACACAUAUCAUUUAUUGUGUUCCUUUCUGUUAUAUUUGUAUAUUCCCUAAUUCGCCAGAUCCAAGCAGGGUCUGCAGAUGCUGUUUAUACCUGUAAAUAAACUCACUUGAACAGUC